AUGGAUGGCCUGGUCGAUGCCUGCAAGGUGCCCUGCGUCUACAAGAGUUUCGGCUGCGAGAGGUACGUCGACCAACACUCGCUGGCGAAGCAUAGUUCCAGAUGCGUGCACGCGCCCUGCUACUGCUAUGAGUGCACGCCGCCGUUUGAGGGCUCGCCGGCGAGCCUCGUGCAUCACCUCACGACACCGUCCGUCACUCACUACUGGCCCGCGGCGGUGAACAUCAAGUAUGAGACAUGCUACCUGUUCGCCGUGUCGGAGUCGCUGGAGGAUCACCGUCGCUUGCUAGUCACGGAGGAGGACAGCAGCAUCUUCCCCUUGGCCAUGGGCACCAGCAAGGCCCACGCAGCCCGUCACCCUGUCUCUGUAGUGUGCGUUAGGGGCAACGCCGCUGACACUGACAUGAGGCCGGUGUACAGGUGUGUGCUCACUGUUACUGCCCCUCCGAGGUACGAGGGCGCCCUCGCCGCCUCCAUCACGCUGACUGAGACUGUGCCGAGCUGCUCCGUUCCCGGCAAUGUGGACAUGGAAGACGCCUGGUAUGAUUUUCACCCCAAGAUGGUGCACGAGGACUCCAAGGAGGUUGACCUGGUCAUAUGCAUUACCAAGUCAAAUGUUCAUCAUUAG